GAUUGCCAAAAGUUAGGCUUUUAACUAGAUGGGCGAUGGAUGUUGUAGUGUUCUUGAUUAAAAGGAAGUAUGUGCGCAAUGAAAAGGUUCUGUAUUUUGUUUUUGGGGUUAGAAAAAGUGUUAGAUUUUUCGUGUGGUUGUGUUUGGUUCUUGUGGUUUGGAUACUGUUGGUUAAACGUGGAGUUAAAAGACCAAAGGAAACCUCAGAUAUUCUGAAUGACAUUACCAGGGGUCUUGCUUCUUGUCUUCUUGGAGCAUUUUUAUGGCUGUUGAAAACUCUGUUUGUUAAGACAGUAGCUGCUCAUUAUCAGUGUAAAAGAUUCUUUGAUAGGAUUAAAGAAGCAAUCUUUCAACAGCAUGUUGUUGAGGUUCUCUCUGGGUCUCCAUCUAGAGAUAAUAGUGGUACAAGUACAAGCAUUUCCCAAAUGUUUUCUGAGUUAAGGAGGAAAAAGAAAGGUAAAAGACAGGAGCUGAUUAAGUGGCUAAGGAAAAUGAAGCAGGAGAAAACCUCUGCUUGGACCAUGAAAGAGUUUGUUGAUGUCAUAAGUACCUCCAAGUUGUCUAUUGUCGCAGAUGAUGAUGAUGAGCAGAAAGAUAAGAAAAUCACAAGUGAGGAUGAAGCGAGGAAAGCUGCUAACAGGAUUUUCAAGAAAGUGUCCGGAAAUUACACAACUGAUAUUGAGUGUCACAUGUCUGAGAAAUUUAUCAAAAAAGAGGAUCUCCAGCCCUACUUUGAUGAGAAGGAAGUCGAAGAUGUUUUCCUACUAAUUAAAGGAGAAGCAGAAGGUGAAGAGAUCAAGAAAAAGGAUUUAAAGGAAUGGCUGCUGAAUGUUUACAACGAACGCAAAGCAUUGGCAUGUUCCCUGAAAGACUCGAAGACAGCAAUUGAAGAGCUCAAUAGGCUUUCCUCUGGGGUUAUCCUCUUUGUGAUCAUCAUUGCUUGCUUACUUAUAAUGGGAGUUUUAACAACCAGAGUACUUCUCUUCAUUUCAUCUCAGCUUUUGCUUGUGGUAUUCAUGUUUGGCAACACUCUCAAGACUGUAUUUGAAGCAAUCAUAUUUGUAUUUGUGGUCCACCCUUUUGAUGUUAAUGAUCGUUGUGUCAUUGAUGGAGUACAGAUGGUAGUUGACGAGAUGAAUCUUCUAACAACUAUCUUUUUGAAAUAUGACAAGGAGAAAAUAUACUAUCCAAAUGCUGUUUUGGCUACCAAGCCAAUUGGCAACUUCUACAGGAGUCCUGAAAUGGGUGAUUCUAUAGAGUUUGCUGUUGAUAUUUCCACAACAGUAGACCAAAUUAAGGCUCUUAAAGAAAGAAUUGAAAUGUAUUUGAAGGAGAACUCUGAGUUGUGGCAACCUGAACAUAGUGUGGUGGUUAAAGACUUUGAUGAUGUGAACAAAAUGAAAAUGGCUUUCUAUUUCACUCACAAAAUGAACUUUCAAAACUAUAUGAAGAGAAAUGCCCGACGAUCUGAUCUAAUCUUAGAGUUGAAGACAGUUUUGGAAGAUCUGCACAUUAAAUACCAUAUGCUGCCUCUCCAAGCUCAGCUCAUCGGGCUGGGAUUUCCACCUCUCCCUCGCUGAGUUGCUGCCUUGAUAAAUUUGCAUCGGACCAUGUAGAUUGGGAGGCCAGUAUAGCAACAUGCAAACUGAAAUGCUUGCUAAGGUCUUUUCCUGAUGGGGAUAUGUUUGCCUAGAUUGAGAAAGUGCUUAAUUCUAUCUUUGUUUUGUUUAAAAUAAUAUUUGCCCUUAUGUGGACAUGUUGUCUCAUCUAAUGGAUAAAGUGCUGUUUGUUCU